AUGCCUAAAUCAGAGAAGCGAGAGAAAAAGGAGAAGAAGCCAAAAGUUGAUGAUGCAGAGGCAGAGGCAGAAGAUGUAGAAAUGGCUGAUACUUCUGAGUCCCCAAAAAAAGCGAAGAAGGAGAAAGAAAUCAUCAUUCCAUUGGAAGAUUUGUCUCCUCUUGCGCAGCCAUUGGCGCAGAAAAAGCUUGUGAAAAAGCUGCACAAAACGAUCAAGAAGGCCUCCAAAGCACGGCAAGUUAAAAGAGGUGUAAAGGAAGUUGUCAAGGGCAUUCGCAAAGGGGAAAAGGGACUGCUUGUGUUGGCGGCAGAUAUCAACCCUAUAGACAUAAUAUCCCACCUCCCAGUGCUCUCAGAAGAAGCUCAGAUACCAUAUGUCUUUGUGACGUCUAAGGAGGAACUCGGCCAUGCUAGCUCAACAAAACGACCAACAAGUUGCGUUAUGAUUUGCCCUGACCAAAAACGCAAAGUUCAGAAGAAGGAUGCCGAGGCAGAGAAGGACGAUGACUACAGGGAGUUGUAUGAGGAAUGUCGAAAAGAGGUGGCAAAGCUAGACCACAAGAUUGUAUUCUAA